UUGCAUUCACUUUAGUCCAAUUUUCAACAAUAAAUUUUGUUAGAAUAAUUUAAUGGCUAAUUAAUCAUGUUAUACUUCUGUAUGAGCAGUGUUUUUUAAGAAAAAAUUAUUUGAGUAACUUAAAUGUUUGGCUUAGAUAAUUGUUACUUUUCUUCAAUUUUGUUCCUUAUGUGAUGAAAGUAUAGAAUCUGUUUAGGAAGGCAACCUAUUUUUCGGUUUUGUAUUUGGUAAACCUUUAAUUUGGCUGUACUUUCCAUUUGAAACAAGCGUUUUCUUUUUGUGAAAACUAAAUUAGACUUUGCUGGAGUCCAGUUAAUAUUUUAUUUAUGGAUGUGUUCGCAGUGGUAAUUAUAUUUAUUGCUGUUGCUUUUAAUCUCUGUUAUCUGUUUUAAGUCACAUUGUGAAUGGUAGAAAUUAGCCCAAAAAAAAAUAAAUAAUCAUAUCGAUACUUGGUUUUGAAUCAUUAAUUUGUUUGUUACCUUAGGUUCAAUGACUUUGGUACUGAUGGUGGACCAGCGGCCAAUCUUUGACUCCAAAAUUCCAUGCUUUCUCCAGUCACUUGUCAACGCACACUGCGGUCAAAGCUCCAGAAGUUGAGAUCAAGCACUUGGUGGCUGCGGCAAUUGCACUCAAAAAUUAAUUACAGCUAUGAUAGUAAUUAGAAUCGGCAUUUUAUCUGAAGGAGAAGAAGAAGAAAUAUUAAUGUGUGUAGAAAAACUAUCAGAUGUGUGCACGCCACACUAAUCCGGGUGAUCAAAUUGAUUUGUAUUUGAAUUUCAAUUCUUAAAUUAAUUCAAUUUUUUGAUUAGGUUUGUGUGACAUUGUGGGAUGGCACUUCCGCUACAGCUCCAAUUUUAUGAUCAACAACAACCACAGACACAGACUAUAAAAUGAGCAGAAUUGCUAAGAAUCUCAACAACUACAUUGGUCAUGCAUUGAUUUACAAAUCAUUACCUUUCAAUAUGGAAUUGGCAAUCCCUGUUGCUGUCUGCAAAUUAGAUGCUCGAAUCAACGGCAUCCCUCUCUACAAGCACAUUGCAAAGCUUGCUGGCCACAACAAGAUGAAAAUGCCUGGUCUUGCUUUCCCCUUGGUGAAAUGUGCCUCAACUCCACAAAAGUAUCAGGCAUUUGUAUGAUUAAUAUUCAUAACUUCCAUUUGUAAUAAUGCUUUAAUUAAUUUUUUCAGAUAAUGAUGCUUUCUAGUAAUUAUUAUUUUGUUUUCUGUGUUCGUGUUUUUUUUGUAAGUUCAGGAUUUAAUGAUUGUCAGUGCAAGGGGUCAUGCUGUUUUCAAAUCCAUCUUUCGAUAUUCCUCCACAAAUUUUUUUUUCCUACAGCAUUUAACGGUUUGCUUUUAUUCACUCGGAACUUGUUCGUAUCUUUUUUUAGAGGAGAUUCAUUCACCCUACUAAGUACAACCCUUAUAUGGGUGGUGUGGCAAAAUGAGGAUGAAAAUUAUGAUAAUUUUGAUCUCCAAUCUAUUCAUGAUAAAAUACUUGAGGUCGUUAGCAUAACAGAAACUUGGCACCUUGGAAAGCUUCAGGUGGGACUUUCUCGGGCUCCAAGGCUUGCACAAGGUCAGUCAAUCAAGAUACAGCUACUUGCUGCAUUUCCUGUUCAAAUUGAUGGGGAACCAUGGUUUCAACAAUCAUGUACAUUGGCUAUAUCUCAUCAUGGCCAGGCUUUCAUGUUGAAGAGGGCUGCGGUGGAACCACUUGGUCAUGCAGCAGCCAUAAUUACAGAUGUCCUUGAGAAUGCAGAGACCAACAGUGUUAUCAAUGCUUCACAAAAGCGGGCUCUCCUUCAAGAAAUGGCAUUGAGGCCUUAAAAGUCUUGUUGUGCACCAGUUUGAGUGAGUUUUGUGUUUGUGUUUUUUUUUUUCAUGAGAUUUAUAUUCUGUUUGUCGCAGAAUCGACACAUGUUACUUUUUUUCGUUUCUUUUACAAAGAAAUAUUUGACUGAUGUUGAUCACUCAAUGCUUUUAAUUGAAGCAUGAUUGUACAUGAACCUUGUUCAACCUCCAUGGUAAUGAAAUUUUUUUUAGCGCUUUUUUUA